GCAAGUAUAACUUUCCUAACAUAACGAGUCAAAAAGUAGGGCGUUAAGGUUAAAAGAAGGGACGAGAUAAUAUUUGUCUCCAAAGGAUAUUAAACAACAUAUUUAACUGUGAAAUUAGAAAGGCACGCGUGAAUAUAAUCAGUUAGUCACUGAGAUGGGGUACCAAACCAUUGCAUGGAUUGUGGUUGUCACCGCCGCCACCGUAUAUUUCCUCAACAUACCACCACCGCCACUUUCAUCGACGCUGCUCAACUGGCAAAAGAAAGGCAAUAUCUUCAAAUAUAAGGAAUUUGAUAUAUUUUAUAUAGUUGAGGAAGGAGUACCAAGCGAUGGAAGCACCCUUGUGUUGAUCCAUGGAUUUCCCACCUCCAGCCAUGAUUGGAGCAAGAUUCUUGGUCGCAUGAAAUCGCAGUUCAGCAAAAUCAUUAUGCUGGAUAUGUUAGGAUAUGGAUUCUCAGACAAACCGCUCGACCACGACUACCUGAUUACGGAACAGGCGGACAUUCACGAGGCUCUGCUGACGUCACUUUCUAUAUCACGCGCACACGUGAUGUCUCAUGACUAUGGUGACACUGUGGCCUUGGAACUGCUUCACAGAUUCAACAACAAAGAAUCAAAGUUUCAGCUUGAAUCAAUGUGCAUGUUAAAUGGCGGCGUGUUUCCAGAGACAAAUACCCCUUUAAUAGGCCAAAAGCUGCUUUUGACGCCUGUUCUUGGGUCAGUACUGAGCCACUUUACCUUCUACCGGAUGUUUGAACGGAGCUUGUCAAAGGUGUUCGGAGCAGACACCCAACCAACCUCUGAUGAAAUGAUGGAUUUCUACGCAAUAAUCCAGCGCAAAAAUGGCAACGUCGUUAAUUCAAGAUUGAUAAAAUAUCUCAACCAACGGGCAGAAAACAAGGACAGAUGGGUCGGUGCACUUUUGGAAACGAAACUUCCAGUUCACAUGAUAUAUGGCCCAUCUGAUCCAGUUAACAGUGGAUACGCCUUCGUUGAUCAUUACAAGAAAGUAGUACCAUCCCCAAGUAUAACUGUACUAGACGCGGCGAUAGGACACUAUCCCCAGUGGGAGGAUCCUAAUGGCGUCUUCGAAUCCUACAAGUCCUUCUUGCAGUCCAUCAAAAAGCCUUAAAUUAUCGCCGCAGGAUCAUCAAAAACCUUGAAUCAUUCCACCAGUGCAUACAAUAAAAUUCAUUCCACCGGUCCAUAAAAAGCCUUGAACUCUCUCCCCAGGUAAUAAAAAUGAUCUUGAACUUUCCAGUCCAUUGAAAAGUCUUUUAAUAUUUCAUCAUAUAUUCAAUCGAUCAAUCAUAAUGUCCAUGGCCUUGGAAUACUCGAAAACGACGUGAAUACAUUUUAAAUUUUCAUAAAAAUGAAAAACAAUCAACUAUUUAAAAAAAGGCUUUGAAAUAUUUUAAAACUUAAUAAUUCGAGCAAAAGAAAGCCACCUUCGUAUUAUCAAUAUUUCCAAUCUCCUUUGAAACAUAUUACUUUACCCAUAUCUAUUAAAUUCUUGCAUAAAUUCAUGAAAAGUCCUUAAAGGACAAAAGCCAGUAAAGGUUUUGAACUACUUUUGCCUUUAUUCUGGUGAUUUUUUUUUCCCAUAAAAAGAAAUGAAAGUUUAAUAAAGUUUACUGCUUAAUAAUUUGUAUGUGAGAGUUAAUGUCUGUUAUGAUUUCCUUAACAAUAACCUAUAUUAUUUUGUUGUUUAACGGUGUCUUUUAAUUUUAAAUGAGUAUGCUUGUAUGCCGUGUGAUUGAUAGUGUUUACAAUAUCACUUCUGUUUGUUAGAUGUUGUUUAAUUUGUGGUAUUCUAGCGCUGAAUACCGUUGUGUAAAUCUUGUAUGCGCAUUUGUUUUUUUGAACAAAUAGCCUGUUUACCAUGACAGAUAAAUACAUGCAUGACCAUUAUGUGCUUAAAUAUCGACGAGUAUUUAGCCUUUACACUUUUGUUUGACCAUGAUUCAUCGUAACCUUAAAGGGACUUGACACCAGAUGGUCCAAAAUUCGUCAAAUACAGUAUUUCCUCAAGACAAGCCUAAAGUUGUUAAUACGAGCUGGUAUGAGGCCUAUAAUUCAUUAUGUUUAGGGCUGCAAACAAAUAUUUAAAUAUUCGAAUAUUCGAUUAAACGUUUGGUAUUCGAAUGUCAAAAUAGGAAUUCGAAAAUGUCGAUUUGUUUUUGUUUUUGAAUAAACAGAAUAAUGAACCCUUUUGCCUACAACUCUGUGUUGUGUAUAAAGUGCGUUUUUCUUGUUAUUACAACGAUUGACCCGUAAUGACAGGCGUGUAUAUCACACUACUGACAAUACACUCAACACGCGUCAUAAUCAUUUAGGGACAUAUCUUCAGGAACUAGAAAAAGUCUCCGUGAUAUGACAAUAAUAUAACUGGCUUUUAGACAAGUGACAUCAGCAAUUUCAAUUUGUUUCGGUAAACUGUAUAGUAAGCGUUUUAUGAUUUUCUCUAUUGAUGCACACUAGAAGAGUCAAAAUCCGGAUAUAUUUUCUUUUUAUUUUUGACCUUUUUCCGAAGUUGGUUUGGUUUUUCCAUAGCUAUAUUCAGUAGAGGUCUAUCCAAGAACUAGGCUUUCGUCCUACCAAAAGACCCCCCAUUAGCGCAUAACGCCAUUUCUGUAUCUGUUCAAAUACGUAGAAGGGCCACUUCUGGCAUAUCUGUACGGCUAUUUGACCAGGGAUCCAUCUAAUUUCAUUUGUUUUCAAAUAUAAAGGCAGUGGAAUGAGGCCUAUAAUUCAUUAUUUUUCAUUACUAAAAUAGCGCAUUCAGAUUUCCCAGUUCAUAGUGUAUACAUUUAGCCCGUGAAUUUCCCGUGAUUAUAAUAGGUACAUAAACCGACGGGAUUUUUAAAUUCACUGUGAUUUAUGUGGUAGACAAACCCAGUGAAUUUCGCAUUGGAAAAAAAUGCAAACACUGCGAAAGACACGUUGGCAUGUGUCGUUGGCGAUGUGAUACAUCAUUAAGAAAGAUGCAAUGCGUUGUACACAGCGAUAUCGGUUUUAUGUAAGUUUUUGACAAAUUUCUUUUUUUCAUGCGAUGGUAUUAUCUGGUGUCUAGUCCCUUUAGUCUACCUGUAUAUGUAUUUCUUAAUGUCCUACCUUAAACAUUUGCCUGAUGCAUUUGUAAUAAACUUUAAACUGUA